AUGACAGAUAGUAAUCCAAACGACGAUUUGCCGCACCUUAUCAUGGGACUUACAGCACUAGAGCACCGCAAAACCAACAUGAAAAAGAUCCUUCGUUCCUUGAACGAAAAGAAUCACUCGAGAUAUAAUAAAAGUCAGUUGUUACGUCGACUUCAUGAGGUCGAGAGCGGUGGACAGGUUUCAGAUGCAAGACAACAAGCUAUCAAUCUUUGGCUACGAAUAGGGUCCAUAGGUGACAUCAGCGUUUAUUAUAAUCAGAAUGACCCAUCUCAACAGUCGCAGGCAUCUCGACCUCUCAAGCGCAAGAGAUCUGCUGAACCCGUAUCUAACGAUUACGGAGAUAUUCGGAUUAAGCACGAAGAUUCCAUAAGAUGUCCCGAAUGCGCAGUACUUCUCUCCUUCGACAAUGUGAAGUUGUUUGCCUCCGAGACAGACUUCAUUAGAUAUGAUAAAAGCUCGCUCUCAUCUUGCAUCAGAAGUGAUCCCAAAUCCACAAACUGCCUUGGCCCCGGCUGUAACGAUGGUCAAAUCCAUGAGGGCGGCGACGAUCAGCCUAUCAUGACAUGUGGAACAUGGUAUGAUGAUCAGUCCAGGAAUAGACUGCGACAAGAAGACGCAAGCCAAGAUCUAAUUAAUAAGGCCACCAAGAGGUGUCCCAGUUGCCAAGUCCGCAUCGAGAAGAACCUAGGCUGUGAUCAUAUGACUUGCCGUUACUGCGAGCACGAGUUCUGCUGGGUAUGUUUCAUCGAUUAUAGAUUAGUCCGAUCUGCAAACCCAGGUCCGGGACCACCACGUACGGUAUUUACAACGCAACAACUUAGGAUUGUGGACCGUAUUCGUGCAUCUCAAAUGCAGCAAAGCAACAUCUGGGCUUAUGAAGGCUUGGAUGAUGAAGAAUAUUAG